UUUUAUUUUGGAAUUGAGCGCGCCAUGAAAAAUCCCUCUCGUUGUUGUCGGAUCUGUUGUCACAUAGUAGCUGCUGGUGUUGUCUUACCUCGCGCCUUUAGUCUGAAAUUCAUCUGUACCACAGGGGCUGAUCUGCUGCUCUGUGUAGUUUGUGUGGAGAAGCUGUAGUUUUGUGUAGUUUAGUGAUUGUUGUUGUUGAUUAAUUCGGUUUGUAUCGGUUGUGUAUGUUGUGUGAUUUACUCUGUUGUUUUUUAUGUGCUUUAAUGUAGGGGGUUGUGUAGUAGUAUAAUGUUGUGUAAUUUGUUAGUGAGGAGUUUAAGGUAGUUUGCACUAGUCGCGGGUCUUGGGUUAGCUGGGAUCUGCUGUCAGCUGCAGGGUUUGUGGUGAAGAUGGCAGCAGCAGCAGCAGAUCUCGCUGUCUCAGAGUCUCAGCUGUGAUCCCGCUACACUGUGAGAGAAUUAUGGAGACGGUGGGUGAAGAUCAGAAGCGGCCUGAGGAAGGAGACCAUCAAGAUGAUAAAGUAUGGUGUUUAAAACGAGUCGGCAAAGACAGCGGCUGGUUACGGCUAACCGAAGACACUGAGGUUACCAUUGGUCGUGGCCUGAAUGUCACUCAUCAGAUCCUGUCAGUGAGUUGUCCGUUGAUGAUCUCCAGGAAUCACUGUAUGCUAAAGCAAAAGGAGGAUGGGCAGUGGACAGUUACUGACAAUGAGAGCAUGAAUGGAGUGUGGGUAAAUGGAGUUCGCAUUUCUGCUCGGAAACCCUACACCCUACAGCAAGAUGAUGUUGUGAGGUUCGGUGUCCCUUUGGAUAGCAAUCCGGUGGAAUUUGAGUACGUCCUUAUUCACCAAAGUCUUAGCAAAAUCAAAGAUUUCUUGACUAAAGCUGUUGUUGCCGAAGCUGGACCAAAUGCUUCGGCCCUUAAACCCAAAAAGUCAAAGCGCAAGUUUGGUACGGAUGAAGCAGAACCAGGUACAACUCUGGAUUCCAGGUGCAAGCUUUAUCGCAGUUCUGCAACCGACAAAGCUAGUGCUCAGCCCUGUCCAACAGAUAUACCUGCCUGCAGGUGGCCUGAUGACCCACCUGGAAGCUCUGCUGACUGCAGCAACAGCAGCCAGCAGCUGGCUACACUACGGCGUUACAAUAACAACCUGCGAGCGCUGAGGGAUAGGAUGGGGGCCACUCAGAAACAAGCUGCAGAGUUAGAGGGGCAGGAAAACACAAGUCCUGAGCAGCAAAGAAAAAUGUUGGAGCUGCAGGAACAGAUGGAGGUUUUACAAGGGCAGCUGAACUCCCAGCACGAAAUGGCCCUGCAGCGUGUGAAUAUGCUGGAGAAAUCUGUCUGUGAGGAGGAAAGGAGGCUGGAGGUGACGAAAGCUCAGCAGAAGGAAGAUGGCCUAAAGAAACAACUGGAGGAGGCUUUGAAAGAGCACCGAAAAGUGAUUGAAGAGCUUCAACAUGCAAGACAAGGUUUUAAGGAGGUUCUUCAGGCCAAGGAUAAAGAGUUAGAGGUUACCAAGGAGGAGAAGGAGAAAGCACGAGCCCAGAAAGAGGAGGUUGUUACACAGAUGACUGAAGUGCUGGAAAAUGAACUGCAGUGCAUCAUCUGCUCUGAGCUUUUUAUUGAGGCUGUGACGCUGAACUGUGCACACAGUUUCUGUCUUCACUGUAUCUCAGACUGGCGGAGACGAAAGGACGAGUGUCCGAUCUGCAGGCAGGCGAUCCUCUCCCAGACCCGCUCUCUGGUGCUAGACAACUGCAUCGAUCGCAUGGUGGAGAACCUUAGUGCUGAGAUGAGGGAGAGGAGAGUGGCACUAAUUAGGGAGAGGAAAGGUGAGAGGUCAGAGCAAAGCUCCUGUGGCAGUGGUAGUUAUCCAGGACGACAGCAGCAGCAGCAGCGACAAUGACUCUUCAGUUUACUUAUCCACAGAGGGCUACCUGAUCAACCCCAGGAUACCAUACUGCGUCGACACCAGUGACUCGUCUUCAUGGAGUGAUUAAAACCAAUAACAGUGUUCCUAGUGAAACACUCGCUCACUUGAAGAAUGUGAAGUGUACAGAUCAUAUUUGUGUUUUUUUGUUUCUUAUAUGAUUGUAGAUCAAUGUACCAUAUUUGUUUUGUUUCCUUAUAUAAAUAAAAUAGGUUUAUUUGUUUCGCA